GGUAUUAUAAUGUGGCUUUUAGCUGCGUACUAUGCAGUCGGAAACAAAUACAAUCAUCCAUGUUGUGAGUCUGUUUGUAGCUGUACGAUUCAUCGAUUGUACCACCUCAUUCCAAAAUGGCAAAACUCAUCACAGUAUUCGGAGCCACGGGAACCCAAGGAGGGUCUUUGGUGAAAGCACUUCUAAAAGACAGCAGCUUUAAGGUCCGAGGCAUCACUAGAAAUGUGGAGAGCGAGAAAGCUAAAGCCCUUAUCCAAGAAGGAGUUGAAAUGGUGAAGGCUUCGACUGAAGAUGUAGCUUCUUUAGAACAGGCUAUGGCAGGAAGCUAUGGUGUCUUCGCAAUGACAAAUUACUGGGAAUUGAUGGACCAGGCAAAAGAAGUUGAGAUGGGCAAAAACAUCGUCGAUGUAGCCAAGAAAGUUGGCGUGGAGCAUUUCGUCUUCAGUGGAUUGCAAUCGGUCAAGAAAGCUAUAGAGAAGGCAUGUCCUCAUUUUGACGGCAAAGCAGAAGUAGAGGAAUACAUGUUUGCAUCAGGUUUAUCUGCUACUUCAGUACGCUAUGCCGCGUUCAUGGAGAACAUCUUUACCCAGCUAGCUCCGCAGAAAGUAGGCGAUGGCCAAUAUGUUUGGAACAUUCCCAUGGGAAACAAAGACUUUGAUAUGGUGUAUACCAGUCGUGCUGGACUUGCUGUAACAGGCAUUUUCAAGAAUCCCGCCGAGUACAUCGGUAAAAGUGUUGGAUUAUCAGGCGACAGGAAGACUGUGUCUCAAUACUGUGAGAUUCUCAAUACUCAUGUUGCUCCUGCCACAGUUACACCGACUCAGAUGACAGCAGAAGAGUUUGCUAAGCUACCCUUUCCCGGAGCUGAUGAUCUUGGUGUUAUGUUUGAGUUUCUGCAAACUAGUCAUCCAUCUUACAGCGUUGAAGACACAAAGAAACUUGAUCCGCAGACCAUAGACUUUGAAGCAUUUGUGAAAGCCAACAAGGAGAAAAUAUUGGCAGUUAUGAAAUAGAAUUUUGUAUGAAUUUUCGAGCAAUUCAUAUUCAAAUUCCAUAUGUUUACGGAGUGCUAAUUACUCUCUGUAAUAUGCAUGAUAAUCUUUCUAAUCAGGCGGCAUACUAAGUGUCCAUUCCGAAUUUGUUUUAGUAUGAUUAAUAUCGAAGUAUGUAAUGUUUCAUAUGUUACUUGUGUGUAGACAUCACUAGUGGUUACGAUAGAACUAGUAUCAGACACCUUUGCGUAUCAGUUUUCUGUAUGAAAAAUCAUUUUUGUAUGAAAAGUCAUAAUGAUAAUUGAAAUUGAAAAGGUAUUUUUUGUAUUAAAAUAACACUUUCGCACCCUUUGAGAGCUAAAUGCAGAUGUAGUAAUUACAACUUAAAUACAUGAGAUAGGGAUAAUAAGGAAAAUGGGAAAUGGUUGGUGGGUAGAUGGAUACAAAAAUUAAAACAAAAGGGAUACAUUAGGUGAAGAAAAUAUGAGUUGGAACAAGUGAAGCAAGAACAAUUAAAAGAACUAAUAACAUAAAAAUUGAAAUUCUGAGUAACAGGUCGGCAACGUACUAUACUAUACUAUUAAGAAAGUAAAAUCGACCAAGUUUCUUGACCUGUUUAUUGAUGAAUGAAUGACCUGGAAAAUAUGUACAAAUUAUUUGUGUUCAUUACUAUCAAGAAAUGCUUGUGUGAUACACAAACUGAAACCUAUGUUCCCAUCAUAUGUAUUGCAAAUGUUGUACUCCACUUUAAUGUUGCCGUACUUGAACUAUGGUAUUCUUGCCUGGGGUAGUUCAUUGACACUCCAACUGGACAUAAUCCUGGUUGUUCAAAAAAGAGCAAUACGAACAAUUUGCAAUGUACCUAUUCGUACUCACUCGAGCCCUCUUUUCUUUAAUACUAAAGUACUGAGAGUUCGGAGUAUUUUUAAUUUACAAUUAAGCUGCCUCAUGUUUCAGCUGAAUAACAACGAACUGCCCAGACUCUAUCUUAUUUGUUUAAGAAAAGAAAUCAAGUCCACGACUAUCCUACCCGACAGGCGUUUUCAUAUCACCUUCCUAGAACGAGAACACGCUUUGCUCAAAAUACCUUAAUUAUACAGGUCCUAAGUUCUGGAAAUCUCUCGAUUCUGUGAUUAAAAGGUCUGUAAGUGUUCACGUAUUCAGAAGAAAAUUGAAAUGUUAUUUUUUGAAUACAUAAUUGUCAUUCCUGAUUCCUGACUAUUCUUGUCUCCAAGCUGUAUUACUUUCGUUGAUUACAAUGAGUAAAUAACGGUAUGACCAUGCCAACUAUGUUUAUAAUAUACUCAUAUCGAGAACAAACUUCAUUGUAAUAUUGUUUCAAUAAGCUGUAGAUAUAUCCCCUUCCCUUUCCCUUGUCUUUGGUUAUUGUAAGUAUCGGUUCAUGUAUCCCUGUAAUCUCCCUUUCCCUGUUUUAGCGUGUAUUUGUAUUUUUAUAAACUUUAUUUUAGUUAAUUAUGUCAUUUGUAGUUUGAGGAGCCUAUCCACAAAAAGCUCUGCUUUUCCAUAGGCUCCGCCACUAGUUCAACUCAAUGGACCGGUAUUGUAUGUACAUGUAUAUUAUAAUCAUUUUCAAUAUGUUGUUACUCUUUUUGUAAAUUGAGAUAUUGAGGAAACCAAUAAACUAUCUAUCUAUCUAUAGAUAGGAUGGAAACCAAAU